AUGCUGGGCCCGUCUCGGCUCCGGGGGCUCGAGGCCUGGGCGCGGUUGUUCCGAGAGUUUCCCCCUCCUUCUCCGCGGAGCCCCUUUUCCAGAGCUCUGUCCCCACUCGCACAAAGCGCUCCGCAGCCCGUGCUGAGCCCCGCGCUCCGCCCGCUCUGCGGCCAUGGGGCCGGGGCUGCCCGCCGCCCGCCUGUCUGCGCUGCGGCCCUGCUGGGGCGGGGCGGGCGCAGGCGGACGGCGGGGCAGCCUGUGCGCGCGCGGCUGUGGGGAAGCGGGCCCGGGGCUGUCAGCACCGGCGGGGACGGGACCGGGAGCUCGGUCCCGCCACUCUCGGGGAGGGCCGGGGGCGGGCGGGCGGUGCCGAGCGCUGCUCGUGACGCCGGCCUGGGGCGGUACCGGGGGCAGGUACCGGGGGCAGGUACCGGGGCAGGUACCGGGGGCGGGGGCUGCACGUACCCCUCGCUGUCUCGGUGCUGGGCCGGCCUCAGCUGCGGCGGGAGAGCCCCGUGCCCGGCACGGCCGUGCCCUCCUCCCGCUGAAGCCCGGCUGUGUCCCCCCAGCUCGGACUCCGGUGAUGAGAGGCAGAAAUGGAAAAAGAAGAAAAGAAGCCGCAGCCGGGACCGGCACCGUAAGGAGCGGCGGAAACAGCGCUCACGGUCCCGGGGCUGCUCCUCCGGCUCCAGCCCGGAGCGCGGGCGGGACCGGGCAGCGCGGAGCCGGGAGCGGCGCCGCAGGAGGGACGGAUCCAAGUCCUCCGUGUCCUCCGUCAGCUCCCCGUCCCCGCCGCGGCCCCGCGGCCGGGAGGAGCCGGGGCAGCAGCUGAGCCUGCAGGAGCGGCUGAGGCUGAGGGAGGAGAAGAAGAAACAGGCGGCUCUGAUGAAGGCCCUGGAGACGCCCGAGGAGAAGCGGGCACGGAGGCUGGCCAAGAAGGAGGCCAAGGAGAGGAAGAAGCGGGAGAAGAUGGGCUGGGGUGAGGAGUACAUGGGCUACACCAACACCGACAAUCCCUUUGGGGACAACAACCUCCUGGGCACAUUCAUCUGGAGCAAGGCACUGGAAAAGAAAGGGAUCAGCCAUCUGGACGAGAAGGACCUGAAGGAGAGGAACAAGCGAAUCCAGGAGGACAAUCGCCUGGAGCUGCAGAAGGUGAAGCAGCUGCGCCUGGAGCGGGAACGGGAAAAAGCCAUGAGGGAGCAGGAGCUGGAGAUGCUGCAGCGGGAGAAGGAGGCAGAGCACUUCAAAACCUGGGAAGAGCAGGAGGACAACUUCCACUUGCAGCAGGCUAAGCUGCGGUCUAAGAUCCGGAUUCGGGAUGGGAGGGCGAAGCCCAUCGAUCUUCUGGCCAAGUACAUCAGUGCAGAGGAUGAUGACCUGGCUGUGGAGAUGCACGAGCCCUACACCUUCCUCAAUGGUUUAACUGUCUCCGACAUGGAGGACCUGGUGGAGGACAUUCAGGUGUACAUGGAGCUGGAGCAAGGAAAGAACGUGGACUUCUGGAGGGACAUGACCAUCAUCACAGAGGAUGAGAUAGCCAAGCUGCGCAAGCUGGAGGCCUCUGGGAAAGGAGGACCAGGGGAGCGUCGGGAUGGCGUCAACGCCUCGGUCAGCUCGGAUGUGCAGUCUGUGUUCAAGGGGAAGACGUACAACCAGCUGCAAGCUCUCUACCAGGGCAUCGAGAGCAAGAUCCGGGCGGGAGGGCCCAACCUGGACAUUGGGUACUGGGAGAGCCUUCUGCAGCAGCUGAAGGCUUACAUGGCUCGGGCCAGGUUGCGGGAGCGGCACCAGGAUGUGCUGCGUCAGAAGCUGUACAAGCUGAAGCAGGAGCAGGGUGUGGAGAGUGAACCGCUCUUCCCCAUCAUCAAGCGGGAGCCGGCUUCCCCCAGUGACAGGCUGGAUCCCGAGGAGAGCCUUGAGGCACAGCCAGGGCCAUCCUCAGAGCCAGAGGCAGAGCAGGACACAGAGGCCAAGGGAGAGGCAGAGGGGGAGGCCGUGCUGAUGGAGGAGGAUCUGAUCCAGCAGAGCCUGGAUGACUACGAUGCGGGCAAGUACAGCCCCCGGCUGCUGGGCCCCAAUGAGCUGCCCUUCGACGCCCACGUGCUGGAGGCCGAGGAGGACACGCACCGGCUGCUGCUCCUGCGCCAGCAGCUCCAGGUGACAGGUGACGCCUCCGAGAGCACCGACGACAUCUUCUUCCGUAAGGCCAAGGAGGGCAUGGGCGCGGACGAGGCGCAGUUCAGCGUGGAGAUGCCGCUCACGGGCAAGGCCUAUCUGUGGGCUGACAAGUACCGGCCCCGCAAGCCGCGCUUCUUCAACCGCGUGCACACGGGCUUCGAGUGGAACAAGUACAACCAGACCCACUACGACUUCGACAACCCCCCGCCCAAGAUCGUGCAGGGCUACAAGUUCAACAUCUUCUACCCCGACCUCAUUGACAAGCGCUCGACGCCCGAGUACUUCCUGGAGGCCUGCCAGGACAACAAGGACUUUGCCAUCCUGCGCUUCCAUGCCGGACCACCCUACGAGGACAUUGCCUUCAAGAUCGUCAACAGGGAGUGGGAGUAUUCCCACCGCCACGGCUUCCGCUGCCAGUUUGCCAAUGGCAUCUUCCAGCUCUGGUUCCACUUCAAGCGGUACCGGUACCGCCGGUGAGGGCUCAGCGCCCUCGGACUUCUGUCAGGGGCUCCCAUGCCACGGCACAGACACUGUUCUAUGCAUGGCCCCAAGGCCUGGCCCAGCACUGGGCAUGUUCCUGAGGCUUUUCUCUGUCCUUGCAUUUAUCAUGAAGGACCCUGAGACUUUGGUAUAAAUAAAAUAAGGGUUGUUUUAGGCACGA